AUUAAAAAUAUCUAGCACGUCAAUUUGUCAAUGCACAACAUGCGAUGUCAAAGUAUUGGAUUUUUGUUAUCAUGAAAAGUUAUUUAGUUUUGAUAAUAUUAGGUUUUACACAGUUAGUAAUUGGUUUAGAUCUAUCCAACAUUACAUAUGAUGAUAAUGAUCCUGUAUGCCCUAUCAGCUUGUUUCGAAAGAAAAGAGCGCAUACUGAAUACACAAGAUGGAGAGCAAAUCAAGAAACUACCGCCGAAUUCAUAGUAAAAGUAUUAGACGAUGAUAUGACAACUCCAAACACUAAACAAAUCGUGGCAGUGAACAUUCAGCCGGUGACCAAAGGGAGUGAGAAGAUAAUUGUCGGUGGUGUGAUCGUCCCACCAGCUACCACUCCAUCCACAUUGUCUGAUCUGGCCCGAGACUACACACGUUUUGUUCCUCCUACUACGGUACCCAUAACCCGAUUGGAUGAAGAGUUAUUUCUAGCACCGGCAACACUUCCUAGAACCCUAGAUCAGCUUCCUCCAAUAAAACCUAAAGGGCGAAACUCGCAGCGCGACGAAAGUCCUCCAGCUAGCCCACAAUUUUUGGCCCGCACUCCAACACUUUACGCUCGGCAAUAUGCACCAAUUGCGCCCGUAGCAUUUACGCGUCGAGUGACUAUUUCUCCACUGAAACCACCUACAUCCUCGCGAAAGCUUCAAGAAUCAAUUGAUAUGUCCACAUACCCAACGAGAACCUCCGUAUUAACAGAUAUAAUAUGGCCUACAAGAACAGAACACACCCCUAACGAAUAUAAAGCUUUACACAAUUUUUUUAAAGAUAUUAGUUCUGAUGUUUUGGUAACAAGAAGUACUUUUCAUCCUGUUCGAACUUCUACCACAUAUGCUCCUGUUGAUGAAGACAAUGAAAUCACAAUUCGUACUGAAACCAGUUAUGACAAUAAUAAACAAACAGAUGUGGAAUCUCGAAGAAAAGUUGAAAAAGCUCUGGAAAAGAAUGAUAAAGAUCCGGACUCUGCUUAUAAUAUGAUGUUUUAUAACGAUGAAGAUAUUGAAAGCACAAGCAAAAAAGAUGAACAAGACCAAGCAGAUAAUUACGACGAAAGAAAUAAAAGCCAAGAAGAGCCAGAUAGUACAACUGAAAAAGAGUUAACACUGACUAAUACAGUAUUCACAAGUGAAUCAGAGGCUGUUACAGGAACAGAAAAUAAUAAUUUUGACGAAACGAAUGUAACUUACAGAAGCUCAUUCAUACCAGAUAAUACACAACCUGCUGCAGAAUCAUCUACUGCACAAGUAUUAUCUAAAGAAAAAGUUAGAGGAAAACGGAGACCAAUUUGUAAUCUGCUUAAAUUACGACAAUUAAAUUUUAAUUCACCUCGAACUCUACCAGAGAUAGUAGCACAACUAAAACAAUGGGCUGAAACCAGUCCUCUGGCGAAGUGGGAAGACAUCACAAGUGGCAACCUUACUACAAUGGAAAAUCCUAUAUACAUGAUGAUCGUGGAUGAUCCUAGCAGCGGUCAAAUAGUUUCAGCUAAAAAAACUGUAAUGAUUAUUGCGGGAAUCCAAGGACGAGAUCAUCACGCAGUGGCAGCAGCCAUGUACGUGCUUUAUCAGCUGAUAGAGCGCAGUGAAGCUCAUUCGGACCUGCUCACCAAAUAUCGUUUCUGGAUCAUUCCGGUCUUUAAUCCUGAUGGAUAUGACUAUUCAAUGACAUUUCCUCAUCGAAGGGAAUGGUCAAAAAACUUGCGUCAAAACUGGGAUAUUUGCAAGACUCGUGACUCAUGCACGACUUGCGAGUUAUACGGUCUUCGGUGCACCGUUCAACCAUGCUACGGUGUCAACCUCGACAGGAAUUUUGAAUACCAGUGGAUCCCAGCGGAGGAGCUUCGCGCCGAGCACCCGUGCGGGUCGCUACACGCGGGCGCACGCCAGCUGAGCGAAGCGGAGACGUGGGCGCUCACACAUUACCUCCACGAACAGCGCACUCCUCUAUUCACAUUCGUCGCGUUCAAGGAGGGAGAAGUUCUUGGCGUCAUGUAUCCCUACUCACAUACCAGAAAGCUUCGAGCUUUUGAUCACGUAUACAGACAACGAGCUUCACGAGCUGCUUCGGCUGCAUACAGUAUUAGUGGGCGGCCGUAUGUAGCUGGACAGACUUCGGAAUUUUUGCCGUUGUAUGCAGGCGGCAUUGAGGACUGGGUCGAUGGUCACCUGGGCAUAGACAACACCUACACUAUCAUGAUGUUCCGACCGACGGAUUCUUACAACUCCAAACUUAUCACAGAGCGAGUGGUACACGAGGCGUACGCAGCCAUGGACACCCUACUGCUGCAGAGCGUCGAACCGCUGGGCCCGCCCGCUGUCACUCUCAAAAGAACUAACACCGCCACAAGAAUACGUUCAACUUAUUGUAACAUUUAUCUAAUUAUUAUUACUCGAUUAGCAGUUUUCUUCAUAAAUAAACCACAUUCAUAAAAUUAAGCGUAUGUAUUGGCAUUUAGUAUCAAAGAUUUUGUUGAACAUCGGAGUGUGUUCUUCAGUGAGCUUCAAGACGUUAUGAGCAUGAAUCACAAAUGGUGUUGUUUUUAAUACUAUGCCGUAGCUAGAUAUGUGAAAAUUAUCUUUAUAGGAUUCGGACCAUCGAUUUUGCUGAUAACAAGGUAACUCGCGUGUCACUGACAAACUUAAUACCCGCAAUAAAUAAGGAUUACUACGUAAUCAGUAAAGUGACGUGCUAGUUAAAUCUUCACGUUUAUUUAGUUAGACAAUGUGUUUUGCCCCCACUUUGGCUAUUUACUUGUAACAUUAGUACAUUCACGAGAAUUUGUUUCUAAACGUAGGUUCAUUUUACUAAUAAAUAUCCUUGCUACAGUUUCUGCAACAAACACUGUUUUGUUUGUUACAUCAAACCAGUCAACUUUGUUUUGUUGUGUUUGGUAAAGAAGAACCUAAUUGAGGUUUCUGUGUGGUUUAUGAGAUUAGAAACCUGUUUAAUAAUAUUAUUAAUUUGUGAUAUCUCUUAAUUAUGGUAUUGAA